UUAUGCUGUACAAUUACAAAAUUUCAGGCAGUUGUGACGAUGAACAACUUUCAAAUGUACCGGCACAUCAUGAGCCCUGGCUGGACCUUAGGAUGGGUAUGGGCAAAGAAAGAGGUGAUCUGGUCCAUGGUUGGAGCACAAGCCGUUGACCAAGGAGACUGUACCAAGUUUAAAGGAAACAUCCCACAUUGUUGUAAGAAAAAUCCUACAGUUGUUGACUUGCUCCCUGGUGUCCCCUACAACCAACAGAUUGCCAAUUGCUGCAAAGCUGGUGUUGUGGCAUCAUGGGGUCAAGACCCUUCAGCUGCUGUCUCUUCCUUCCAGCUGAGUGUUGGGCGCUCUGGAACUUCCAACAAAACCAUCAGACUACCAAAGAAUUUCACUUUGCUUGGUCCAGGACCAGGCUACACUUGCAGCCAAGCAAAGAUUGUGCGAUCUACAGUUUUCAACUCACCUGAUGGUCGUCGAAAAACUCAAGCGCUGAUGACUUGGAAUGUGAUAUGUACUUACUCACAGUUGCUGGCGUCUCGCUACCCAACCUGUUGUGUCUCUAUGUCAUCAUUUUACAACCCUACAAUCACUCCUUGUCCAACUUGUGCCUGUGGUUGCCGAGACAAAAAGAAAUGCAUUGUGAGUGAUUCAAAGUUGUCGAGUGUUGUGGGAAUACACACAGCAACAAAGGAUAACACCCCGCUGCUUCAGUGCACACAACAUAUGUGCCCAAUUCGGGUACAUUGGCAUGUGAAAACAAACUACAAGCAGUAUUGGCGUGUGAAGAUUACCAUAACUAAUUUCAACUAUCGGUUGAAUUACACGCAGUGGACGCUUGUGGUUGAACAUCCAAAUCUCAACCAUAUUACGGAAGUUUUUAGCUUUGUCUACAAGCCCCUGACCCCAUAUCAAUCCAAGAAUGACACUGGUUUGUUUUACGGCAUAAAAUUCUACAACGACCUCCUAAAAGAAGCUGGGCCAGAGGGAAAUGUACAAUCAGAGUUGAUUCUUGAGAAGAAUGCAAACACAUUCACAUUCAAGGAGGGUUGGGGUUUCCCUCGUCAGGUCUAUUUCAAUGGGGAUGAAUGCAUGAUGCCCCAACCUGACGAAUUCCCAGGUCUACCAAAUGCUGCCCAUACAAAUCUAAUUACAGUACCAAAAUUGGCUCUCUUUUGGCUUCUGAUGUUUCUGGCUCUUCACUGAUCAUUUAACAGAAGAUUGGAACAGGAGCA